AUGGCGAAGGUCUGUGUGGUUUGCAUGGUCCUUUGCGUGGUGCCAAUUUGUGAAGCAUUCAAUGAGCUUCGCGGGCCUCCAGAUCGAGAGGGUUGUGAGGAUGAAAUCGAGGACUGCCCAGAAUUGAAAGAAGAGCUCUUCGACCUCACAGGGCAUUGCCGCUAUCCAGCAGCUGAGCUUUGCAUGAAGACCUGUGGCCUUUGCCGCCGUGUGCGGCUGGCACGAAGAUGUGAGGUUUCAUCCUGCCAUCCCUUUUGCGUGCCGCAAGUUGAUUGGGUGGCUUUCUUGCAAGCGGCGGUUGAGCGUGCGAAACCUGAGAUAGAUGCCAGGCUCUUGAGCUACAAGCCUGUGCUAGCGGAGUUCCCACACUUUCUCAGCACCACAGAGGUCGAGGCUUUGAGUCAAGUGGCAUGGCGAUCUGGUUUUCAGAGAGAGGACGACUUGCCGCAGGAGGUGCGUGACGUGCACAAAGUGGAUUGUGAAAGAAGAAGCUGCUUGUUGGAUCCUUUGAUACAAGAGAUCUACCAACGUCUUUCUGAUCUACUAGGCAUCCCACCACAGAACUUUGAAUCAAUGGAGUUCUUGCUUUACGAGAAAGGUCAGCACUACGAGCCUCACAUGGAUGAUGAGAGGUGGUGGGAGAUGCCAGCCUUGAGUGCAGGACUACGUGUUCUCACGGUCUUCUUUUACUUGUCUAAGGUGCAUAAAGGUGGGGAGACAAGCUUCCCCAAUGCCAACCUUGUGGUAGAGCCACUUGCAGGAAAGGCCGUUGUUUGGGCCAAUGUGCAGUCCAAUAUUUGGAAAAUGGACGAGUACUCGUUGCAUCAAGCAGUGCCAGUUGUUGCUGGCAGGAAAAUCGCUGCAAAUUUCUGGGUGCAUCCUUUUGAGUAUCGAGCGGCAGAGCGCUUCUGCCGUCACCAAGAGAAGACAGAAAAAUGGUGA